UCUGAUGAAGUUUAAAUGUGUAAUUUAUUUAUUUAGCUAAAAUAUACUUAAGUAGUUAUAAUUUUGGAAAUAUUAAAUGUUUUAUACGUUUUUUUUUUUUUUUGAAGAAGAAGUUAUUUGUUAAAAUCACUGUGAAACAAAAGAGUAGUUGUAAUAACGUACAUAUAUAUUUAAUAUACGUAUUUUAGCUUCCUAUGCAAACGAGACACCAACGGCAAGAUCCUCUUUCGCUACAGAAUUUAUAUUUGCAAACUCUUUCUCUCUCUCUCUCUCUCUGUAAAUUGUAUAUAUCUCAUCGUUGGUCAGAAAUGUGCAACUUUUUUUUCGUAAUACAUCCGUACUAUGACGACCGUGCUAUUGAUUUAGUGGUAUACAAGCAACACAUUUUUUUGGCUUCACCACACCCCCUUGAGGGUGUUCGCGUUGAGUAUACUCUGUCCCCUACUCUGCUUACGUCGUACAGGUGUAAGGAAAGAAAAAAAAAGCGAAGAAAACGAAGGAAGAGGAAACGUCGGAGUUGUGCAGUUGACUUGAAUCCGAAACGAACACUCUUCUCAUCGCCAAAACUUGCAGCAGCGUGUAAUAAAGCGCGCACUUCGCGCGCGAAAAAAAAAAAAAACAUUAAUUCAAGUGCGCUCGAGAGACUUGAGCGAAGAAUUUUGCAGAAUGGAUCUGACCGAGGAAGACGAGAGCGGGAACGAAAGUGGCAGACAGUUGUUUCUAGUUGGCGCACCGCGCGAUCCGCUUGUGUCGGCCAGUGCGAUCGUAGCCUCGGCCGCGGGUGUUCCAGACGACAUCAACCAGGGUGAUGAUCUACAGUCGGGCGCCUUGGCCGGUCUGAUCAGCGGCGCGCAAUCCACCUCGGUCUGCUUCCCUACGAAAUUCACGUACGACUUCUCGACCAGUCCCGAAAGCGAGGAGAGACCGUCCUGCGUAAUCGGCAAAAGGAAGCAACGCAGAUAUCGCACCACAUUUUCCAAUUUCCAAUUGGAGGAGUUGGAACGUGCUUUUCAGAAGACGCAUUAUCCCGAUGUGUUCUUUCGAGAGGAGCUUGCUGUUCGUAUUCAGUUAACGGAAGCGAGAGUACAAGUAUGGUUUCAAAAUAGAAGAGCCAAGUGGCGCAAGCAAGAGAAGCAAUGCAAAAUCGCGACUCACAUGACGUCACAUUUGUCACCGUCGGAUUGUCAAGAGGUGCAACAACAUCAGUCGCAACAGCCGGAUCAUCUGUUGCUGGAGUCACCGUGCAGUCCGCCUCCCAUUUAUCUCGGCAUGGAAUGGGCCGGUUUCUCUCCUUACAAUAACACGGACAGCGCGUCGUCUCUUAUUGUGAGCAACUUGAACAAACCACCAGAGACAGAGGCUGACGCUAACUCGCUGCUCGAUCCAGAAUUGUUACAACUAAAACCUCCGCGUUCCUAAAAUACAGCUGUUUAUAAGAGAAUAUAUAUAUAUAUAUAUAUAAAUAAGUAUUCGACAACAUUAUUCACAACAAAGAAAAUAUUCAGUCCGUGCUUUUUCUGAAGUUUUUUGAUUCAUUAAACACAAUUGUAAAACGACGGCAAUAUAAAAAAUUUUUCUGAUCUUAGAGAAAAAUUAUGUGUAUUAUUGCGAAAGUUCACAAACGCUGUUUUCUCUCGGAUUGUUUUCAAUUAGAAAUAAAAAAAA